GAUAAUGAGGCUGAGUUUGAUUAUAAUGGGGGUGAAGCUGCAGAUGGCAGAAUGAAUGAAUCUGGAAGAGAUUACCACGAAAGUAAAAUCGAAAAUAGAAAAAAUGAACAAAAGGCAUUUGUUCAAUGUCAAAGCCUCGGAAAAAUGAGUUGUGGUAAUGAAACACGUGAUCACAAGUGUGAUGAUAAGAAUAAAUGA